AUGUCCUCAAACGUCGGCCUAACAACCCCACGUGGUAGCGGAACAUCCGGCUACGUCCAACGCAACACCGCAUUCAUGAAACCCCGCAACACCGGUGCCGGCGCGCCCUACCCACCACCAUUAUCUGGAGCGAACAAUUACACCUCGGGAGGAUUUAAGCAGCGUGUUCCUGAUAAGAAGAUUCUUGAACAUGAUCGGUUGAGGGCUAUUGAGGUUCUUGUUAUGGAGGAACGGGAGAGAUUGGAGGAAGAGCAGGAAGAGCAGCAGGAGAAGCAAAAACAGCAGGCAAAGUCGAAGAAGGUGGAUCCCAAGAAGGCGGAGAAGGAGGAAGGCGAAGAACAAGAUUCCGAAGAAGAGGGCCAGGGCCAGGGGAAGAUUCUAUCCGAUGAAGAAAUCGAUCAGCGAUGCGAAGAGUUACGCGCUAAACUUUUGAAGGAGAUGGAAGAGUCCGCUGCUAGCGGUUCUGGUGGCCGUGCCGGUUCUGGCGGAAAAGGAAAAAUGGGACCACCGCGUGAUAGAAGGAAUCUUAAGUCUUAUCAGGUUCAUGAGCUUGCUGAGGCGAAGAUUGAGGAGAGUGAGAGGUUGAGGAGGGCUUUGGGGAUUAAGGAGGAUAGGGAGACUGGGGAGAUUAGUAGUACUAGGUUUGAGAGGAGACGUGAGAGGGAGAGGGAUUGA